CGCCUAGGUCCGCAGCGCCUUCGGCCCCAGAGGCGGAGCCGGAAGCUCUACGGUUUCAUCCCUGAGCCCCUCUGUUGUCGAAGGGGCAGUUCUCUUCCUCUCGACCCGUUCCGCCUGCCCUUCUUCCCCUUCACCCGGAGGCCGAAGUCCCCAGCCCGGCAGGGCGGUGCUGCCGGAGCUCCCGGACCCGGAAGAAGCACUUACUCCCUCCGCCAUGGAGCCCACCGCGCCGUCGCUCACCGAGGAGGACCUGACAGAAGUGAAGAAGGACGCUUUAGAAAAUCUGCGUGUAUACCUGUGUGAAAAAAUCAUAGCUGAGAGACAUUUUGAUCAUCUACGUGCAAAAAAAAUACUCAGUAGAGAAGACACUGAAGAAAUUUCUUGCCGAACAUCAAGUAGAAAAAGGGCUGGAAAAUUGUUAGACUACUUACAAGAAAACCCCAAAGGACUAGAUACACUGGUUGAAUCUAUUCGGCGAGAAAAAACACAGAACUUCCUGAUUCAGAAGAUUACAGAUGAAGUGCUGAAACUUAGAAAUAUAAAACUAGAACAUCUGAAAGGACUGAAAUGCAGCAGCUGUGAGCCUUUCCCAGAUGGAGCCACAAACAACUUCUCUAGAUCAAAUUCCAAUGAGAGUAAUUUCUCUGAAAAACUGAGAGCAUCCACUGUCAUAUACCAUCCCGAAGGAGAAUCCAGCACGGCCCCCUUUUUUUCUACUGAGUCUUCUCUGAAUUUGCCUGUUCUUGAAGUCGGCAGAACUGAAAAUCCGACCUUCUCUUCAACUACGCUUCCCAGACCUGGGGACCCCGGGGCUCCUCCUUUGCCACCGGAGCUGCAGUUAGAAGGAGGAGGAACUUGUGGAAACUCUAGUGAGAUGUUUCUUCCCUUGAGAUCACGUGCUGUUUCCCAUCAAUGACAGUUUACAGCCUUUUAAUCUUUCUUAAUAAUGACAAAAAAUAUUUGAAAGGAUAUCAAUCUUUUUAUAAAAUUGCUAUAAUGACAUUUGAUAUAUGUCUUUUAAAAAGCAAUGGAAGCAUACUUUGUAAAUAGACUUUUUUAGGACAAAAGAAGCAUACUUUUAGAUAGCUAAAGAAAAUCAUGUUGAUCGUGUAAUUUUCAGUGUUUUCUUUGCAUUUUUGAGGUAUGGAGUGUUUUCACAUUUUUUAUGUUUUAAGACUAACUUUAAUAGGGAACAUUUCUCUCUUUAAGAAUAGUCUGAGGUUGGGUAUAAUGUCUCAGUGCAUUUGUACUGGAAUUUUCAGUCUAAUAGUCCUUUCCAACAUACAGCAGUACAUUUUCAGAUUAAGCUACAUCUAUAUGGUAAUAAAGCCAAGCACUGACAGGAAAACUGCCAGUGUACUGAAAAGAAUCUCCCACUCUCUUGAGCUUAGAGACACUUACAGAGUCCCCUUCUGAUGCGGAGGAACAUCUAAGGGAGUUUGAGCCACCUAAGAUCUCAAUUUGCCAAAAUACAUUUCCUAUUAACCUUACUAAUUAAUACUAUUUUCUUGGGAUUUUCAUAAUCUUUGCUUAUCAUUUUCAUUCCUACAGAAAAAUCUCGGCAAAAGCCUGCGAUUGCGUGUAAUUUGGUGAGAUUUUAAAAAUAUUUUUCUGUACUUUUCAUUCUCUUUUAAUGAGGACCACUAUACAAGUUGAAAUAACUAGGACAAAAUGUUGUAUGUGUGUAUCUGUGUACCAGUUCUGUCUUCAAUACUGUCUGGAACCAGUGGAUCAUUAGCCUGACUUGUGUUUUUGUUAUAACAAAGUUUGACUAAUUUUACACCUUUAUAAAUUUUAUGCUGUCGUUGUUUUUAUUUAAGUUAUAAUUCUGCCUAUUUCCUGAUAUAUUCUCAUAUAUUUCCAUUACUUUUAAAAAGCAGAGGUGGAAAUAUGGUGUUAACAAUAAGAGUUUUUCAAUGUAGUGCUAUUUUGGGGGGAAGUUUCAGGUAUUUCAAUAGGAAGUAAAUACCUAAAAUACUUUUCUUAUAUGUACCAAUUUUUAUAGAAACAUUACUUCAAGUUGUGAGAUCAAGUUGCAUUUCUGGAUAGACUGAUGCAUUUGUCAGUCACGAAGAAGAUUGACAUAUUCUUUAGAUAAAUUUUUUUCAAACCUGGAUGUUUUUUAUAGUGUAACAUUUUCUAAAGAUUAUGGGAAGCAUGUUUCACCUUCAGCGAGGCAUAAGAAAAUAGUGGCAUUACAUUUAAAGAAGUCUCGUUAAAAAGCAGAAGCAGGCUUUUCAUUUCAUUAAUUAAAAUUUGAUAUGUGUUACUUGAAGUAGAAUUUACUCAGAAUCAAAAAGAAUUUAGAUAUGCUGUAUCACCUACAUUUAUAGUUUAUAACACUGAGUUUUCUUUCAGACUGUUAACUAUACAGACAAUAAAAUUAAGGUUUUAAUAAACUUA